UACACCUGCGUGCUUCCAUCUCUAUGAAAAAAUAUAAAUAAUAAAGAAUUGUGAAUAAAGCGUCAUUUACACUUAAUUUAAACGUAAUUAACGCCAGUCAAAAUAGUAUAUUACAGAUAUACUGUUUAUUUUGAGUAGCAGCUGGAUAACAAAAUACUUAUAAACAAAAGUUUACAAAAACCGACGUAUAAUUAUGGGUUGCGAUGGUGGAACCAUUCCCAGGCGUGAUGAGUUGGUGCGCGUCAAGCAAAAGCCGGAACAGAAAGACAAGGAUGCGGAGAGGGAGUUCCGCUGGCGCCACUGCACCUUAACCCAGCAGAGCCUCCAGGAACCGAUCGCCAUGUGCGGCAUGGGCAGGCUGUACUCUAAGCAGAGCGUCAUUGAGCGCCUUCUGGAGAAGGAACCUAUGCCGGAGACGGCAGCUCACGUGGAGAGCAUGAAGGACAUCCGCCAACUCAAUCCCACUCCCAAUCCCGCCUUCACGGAGGAGGACAAAUCAGAUGGCUUGCUGGACACACGACAUGCUCCAUACAUCUGCAAGCUGAUUGGCCUGGAGAUGUCCGGCAAAUUCCGGUUCGUGGCUCUUUGGAGCUGCGGAUGCGUGGUGUCCGAGCGAGCCUUGAAGCAGAUCAAAGGCAGCGCGGCCAGCACUUGUCCGCUGUGCCAGGCUCCCUACAGCGUCGAGGACGUGGUGGUGCUCAAUGGAAACGACGAGGACUUGGAGCUGAUGCGUGUCAAGAUGGAAAUGCGCGCUGCCAAGCGCAAGUCCUCCAAAAAGGAGAAGAAGGGAACAAAGAAGGUGGAGGUUAAAGCUGAGCCCGAAGAGUCCCAGGAACCAGUCGCCUCUACAUCAAAGUCUGCAACUAUUGAGAAGCCCACCUCCAGCUCAAAAGUGAAGGCUGCAGGCCAGGUCAAACGACUUGGGGCAGUGAAUGCCAUGCAGGAUCCUGAAAUGAAACGCCUUAAAAGUGACUUUAGCGUGGCCAAGGAUCCCAAGGCCAGCGAUGUCUACAAGUCGCUUUUCACCUCCCACAAGACCGAGAAGGACCAGGAGCGCGCCCACUGGGUCACCUACAACCCCUUCUACAAUUAGUCUAGAUAUAGUUUAAGUUUGCUGUUUCACUUCAGUCACUUGGGGACUGACCGUAGCUUGAUCUUAUAAACCAGACACACAGUUCAAAAAAUACAAUCGACAAUGUA